CGACACGCGCGCCUGGGAACACUGCUUCCACGCCAACAUCACAGCAGAGGCAGUAUACAGCUGACUGUGGAAGAGUUAAUACACAAUCUCUUGAAGUGUCGCGUGUGAUAUCAACUGUAAGAUCAUGUGUAUCUCCGAAUGAUAUCACGAGUGGCAUACGAGUGACAGUUGGCACCGCAGGAGGGCUUGACAGUGCCGGAGAGUGACGCUCCUCAAAUAACGCUAGAGGUGUAGAGGGUGCCAGAGAUUGGCCCUCCAGAACAGCCACAGAUCGUAGAGAAGUAGAACUGGUGUCGCUACAGAACCUGCAAGAUGAGUGCGAGUUCCUGGUACCGGAGAUAUGUUUGGAACUACAAGGGAAACCGAGAGUAUACCAAGAGCGGUUACGAUUACGCCAAGACAAGAUUCGUGGAAGAGGAUCUGGAUGUAGAUUGCGGUGAUCGCCAUUACGUCAUAACAGGAUGUAACAGCGGCAUUGGUUUCGAGAUCGGCCGCGAGGUGGCACGUCGGGGCGGCGUCCUGCACAUGGUCUGCCGCAAUUUCGAGGCAGCCAAGAAAGCGCGCUCGGAUAUCAUCACCACGACUGGUAAUGAUAAAAUCCACCUGCACACAGUGGACCUCAGUCGGCCUCGAGAAGUCCUGGCCUGGGCAAAGGAAUUCGCCGCCACCCACGACAGGCUGAACGUUCUUAUAAACAACGCCGGAUGCAUGGUCCACGAACGCUGUCUGGAUGCGGACGGAAUCGAAAACAACUUCGCCGUCAAUACACUGGCUGUCCAUAUAUUGGUCAUGACGUUUUUGCCGCUGUUGCAAAGGUGGGUGGUGUUGCAGGGAGGGGGUGGAGUACUGUGGGGAUAGGACUAAUUUGAUUUUUUUUUCUUUUUUGAUC